CACGAGUUGCCAGGAGACAAACCAACUGAUCCUACGGAAAAACAACCAAACUUUUAACGAUCGCUCGGCUCAAUUAACUCAGGUCCGCGGGGGACGACGUGGUUCUUUCAUUUGCGAGGUCCAUUGUUGACGUACCGCGCGGGCUGGUAGAGUUCUGUCACAUUGGCUGAUUGGAUUUCAUCGUGUUAAUCACGACCCACCAACGCAAGGAGAAAACGAAUACCAGUGAACACCAAGGAGCGUUUUCAAUUAAUUGAUGACCAUGAGACAGAGCCCGAGGAGACCCCUGAUCCUCAGAAGAAGAAAGUUGCCCUUUCAGCAACAUGAUCCGCCGCCGGCGGCUCAGCCGCAGAGCAAAGCCUCCGAACCUUCGAAAUCGACUGCCGCUCAGGGCUUCCCCGAAGGCAUCCGCAUUAUGGAUCACCCCUCCAUGUCGGAUACGCAGGUGGUGGUCAUCCCCAAAACGGCUGACCUUCAAAGUAUCAUCGGGGCCCUCACUGCCAACGGCAAAGAGUGCGGUGUCGAGGGACCAUACAAGUUCAUCCUCUUGGGCGGGAGUGACAACGGAUCCGCGCGUCAGCCGGCUGCUGGAGGCCACGAUGACUCUGCCGUUGGCGAACGGGUGAAAGAAGAAUCCUUGCCCAGCUCCCUGUCUCUCACUGGAAUUAGAGCAUUGAAUAAGGAGCUGGACUGUGGCCCGUUAAAUGACAGCCUCACCAACAUUCAGUGGCUGGGCAAAAUGAACACCUUCGAACACGACGCCGUGAAGCAGAUGGCCUACAAGGAGAACCAAAGCGCAAACGUUCAGGCAGAAAGCGCACAAAUCGACGCAGAGGCUGUUCAGCGGCCCCCGUACUCCUACAUGGCCAUGAUCCAGUUCGCCAUCAACAGUCAGAAGAGCAGGAGGAUGACACUGAAGGAGAUUUACAUGUGGAUCGAGGAACACUUUCCUUACUUCAGAGAGGGGGCCAAACCAGGAUGGAAGAAUUCGAUCCGCCAUAAUCUCUCUCUACACGACAUGUUCAUUCGUGAGACGUCACCAGAUGGUAAAGUUUCUUACUGGACUAUCCGACCCGAGGCCAACCGAUGCCUCACUCUUGAUCAGGUGUACAAGCCCGGCUGUGACCCGAUGACCGCUCCUGUUCCAGUGCCACAACUUUUAUUUCCCUACCAACGACAGAAGCGGAUGCUUUCCGACGCAAGAAAGAUGCCGGCCAGCUCUGAGAGAAAGAUGAAACCUCUUCUCCCUCGAACCGACUCCUACUUGGUUCCCAUCCAGCUCCCCCUCACCUCCCCGGUCUUCCUGCCGACCCCGUUGGCCCAGGUUCCCCCCUCUUCCUGGCAGCAGAAGCAGAACGCGUCCCGAGGAGUCAAGAGAGUGCGCAUAGCUCCUAAGCUGGCGCAAAGCGAUGUCCCGGCCGCGGCGGUGCGUCCCCAGAAGGACAAAGACCUGCCGGUGAAGGAGGAGCCGGAAUGCGUCCCGAUCCAUCGCAAGACUCCCACGGCCCCUCUGAAGAGACAAGGCGGCAGCUCGCGACGCAAGCAGCGCCUGGUUCACUCGCUCCACGAGGAGCCCGUCCUCCUCUGCCCCGACAACACUUUCUUCGACUCCGGCGUCGACUCCGACGCGUCGACCUUCCAGGAGGUGCGCGAGGCGGAGCCCGACGAGGCCCAGCAGAAGCAGCACAGCCCCGAUCGGGACUUCUCCUUCAAGACGCCCAUAAAAAACAGCAGCCACCUGACCUCCUCCACGCCCAGCAAGCCCCCCUCUCAAGCGCUGCCCGAGCCCUGGAAAGUGACCCCCGUGGGCAAAGGGAGCCAGAGCGUCCUGGACUUCAGCCCCAUCCGCACCCCCGGAGGCCCCGCGAUCACCCCGCUGCACGACUACACCACCUUCAGCUUCAACAGCACUCCCUUUAAGGACUGGCAGCUGUUCAGCUCCCCCCGAGAGCUGCUCACGUCCGCCCCCGCCAGAGCGACGGGACCGCCGGACUCGCCGGUCGGAGGCCCGCGAGGCGGCUGCUCCCGAGAGCUGCUGCAGGCGGCCGCGACGCCGGCUAACCGCUCGAUCACAGAGGGCCUCAUCCUGGACACGAUGAACGACAGCCUGAGCAAGAUACUGGUGGACAUCAGCUUCACCGGUCUGGACGACGAGGACCUGGGCAUGGCCAACAUCAGCUGGUCCGAGUUCAUCCCUCAGUUCAAGUAGCCGCGGGGGACAAAACGCGAUUGCGACUUGAAUAUCAUCAACGCGUCGUCUGUUUUCUGAAACACUACAGGAGGGAAUUUGUGACGGGGGACACUCUGGUUCUUUCCUUUUUCGGGUCAUGUUAGCAAGCUGCUUACUUGCCGUCCCUCGGGCCAGAUGUUCUUCACCUCUGGCUCUUUCACCUGUGCUGUCACAACUGCUUCUUUUGUAUUUUUCUCUUAUUUCUAUUCGUAAGGCUACUCACUGUUCUGUUUCCUUUGAUCCUUUAUCCUACCUGUCAUAUCUGUACGCUCUUGAAGGAGAAAUGUAUUUGUGUGUCUGUGUGUGUGUGUGUGUCUGUCUAUGUCGAUUUGCACAUUUUAAUAUAUAAUUUAGCUUUUGCAUUUGUGGGUGAAAAGACAAUAUAUUGCCAUCGAUGUGCUUCCGUGCCUUUUUGGUUCAGGCGGCGUCUUGGGAUUCAGCGUGUGAGAUUGUUGGCAAUAAACAAUGGCAAAGUACAAAUAGCACUAACCGCAACGGGGUUGUCUGUGCGUCACUCGUAGAACUGCUUCCGCCGCGUCGAAGAGGACGUUUGGCGUGCAGGUGCUCCUCAUGGCAGCACCAUCAUAGAAGGUAACUUUGGUGGCAAAAACUGAGAACGUAUCCAGCAGAUUUGAUGGGUUUUCAGUAAAGCUCCAAGUAUGUUUCUCUGUAAGCACAAAUAGGAAUUAGGGGGCUGCAGCGUCUUUGGCGGGCGGAAUUGGAGGUGUUCCCGUUUUCUAAAUGCCACAAAAUAAUGUACAGCUUUAAGCAUCGUGUUGAUCUGUUCACCAGCGGCGCUGAAUGGCUUUCAAGCAAAGCCGGUCCGUUCUUCCUCCUCGUGAAGUGCUUUCUGAGAAUCAGACAUUCUAAUAAACUGUGUUUGUGAAGGGUGUCUAUUUUUAUUUAAAAUUAAAUAAAGCUGGAAAACAAU